GACUCGUUUCUGUUGGUCAUGUCGCGAAAAGUGUGUUUGUCACGUUGAUAGAGGCGUCCGAUGAUCGCGAUCGCGAUCGCGAUCUCUGAGCUGCGAUAUAACGUACAAAUAGCUGUACGUAAGUACCCAAAGUUCCGCUUUUGAAUCCAGUCGUAGCCAGAUUUUAUCCUGAAACAGAUAUGCAUUCUGGGUUUUUUUUUCGACGGCGCUUCGGUGACAUAUCGGUACACGAGAAUUGAUAAGUAACAAUUAAGAUUAUGAACGAAUGUGCGUGCGCGUAUAGUUGAGUUUAUUAUUGUAAAUCGAGUCCCUUCUUGUGACAAAGAGCUGAAGUAAAUAGUUUGCGUUCUGUUUUUUCCCAGUGCUUCAUGCGUGUAAGGCGAGUAUGUUUAUUACUUGGCACACCAAUAAGUCACAACCGGACGUACGUUUUUCACUUCGAAGUCUGUUUCUCACUAUCACGCGGUUCUAUCGGGAAUUAUGUAAAUGCGCACAUGCUCGAUUAUCAAAUUGGAUCGUGUCUCGCGGAAAGAGUCGCGUGACUGCUCGCUUCGCAGAGGCGAGCCGGAGCGAAGGAUGGAGAUCUCUGGCGAGAUCCACGUAGAGUCGUAGAGGAUGUUUGCGAGGGGGCAACCGGACACGCGCUCGGUGCGAGACAUCGUCGUCGGCGAUCGUCGCGAAUUCGCUCCAUUAUUGUCAUCGUUAUCCGCCGAUGUUCUCGGUGGCUCUGGCCGCGUUAUCUCGCAUCUUACGCGGUGCGACGAUGAGGGGCCCCGGGUGAUAACGGUCAGCCGGGCGCAAAGUGCACGGUGCCGGAUAAGGCUGCUCCUCUCGUGGAGGAGCGCGACUCGCUUUCUCAAUCCGCGUCGCGCGGCGUUACAAAAUCCCGCGGUUUCGCAAUUCGAUCGACGUGCUUGCAACGCUCCUAACGCACAUACGUAUAUCGCUAUGAUUGACGGCAGGCUGCCGGCGGCGACGAGCUCGGAUCGACGAGGACGACGACGACGACGGUGGCGACAGAGGAGGAGGAGGAAGAGGAGGCGAAGGAGAUGCACCUCGAGAAUUACCACGGCGAGAGGAGCGAGGAGGACGACGUGCGACGCCCCGUGUCCGCUUUGGAGCUAGACGACUUCGUCGACGACGGCUCUCUGCCCGACCUGAUGUCCAUGGCGAUGGCCGGUAUGGGCGUCGACGUAGCCCAGCCGUACUGCUGGUCGACCUCGCAAGCGACGGACAACAGCGUGCUCUUCUCUCCGCUGGAGACCGGCGCGGAUCCGCGGGACUACCUCGACUGGGACCAAUUGCCCGUUGUCUUUCAGUAUCCCUCCAAUGGCGGUGGAUCACCAGGUGAUAGCAAUUGCAGCGAGGCGACCACGCCGACUUGGAGUAACGCGGUGACAGCGACAACGACAACGACGACAACCACGACGGAUCAUGGCGAAGAUAAAUCGGACGGUCGAAAGUUGCCCUCGAUGGGUUCGGCCUUCUCCUUCUCGCGCGCCUUCGGCAGCACAAUUUAUCCGGAAUACGCAGCGGAGUCGCAGGGCGAUUAUCAAGAUUAUCCGGACUGCCACGAAGACGUAGUAUCGUUGCUGAUGAGCAUCCAGAACGAUGUUCAGAACUACAGCCCCUCGGUCACCGACGAGUUCGACCUCAGUCUGAUCAGAGGGGACCCAACGUCGUUGCUGAGCACCAUGGACCCGCCGUCGUCGUCGUCGACGAUCUGUCCGACGGGCGACGAUCAGCAGGAACCAUUCCAGAGUUCCUUCAACACGCCGUACUACGCGGUCGGGCAUCUCGUCUCUUCCCAACAACAGCCAUCGGCGGUCAAUCUCGCCGGCGAAUUCGUUGGUGCGAUAGACAGUUUCGGCAAUCAAGUAAUACUACCGCGGAACGAGGGUCUGCUGCUUGGAAAUCAUCGACGUGUCACUGCCGGGUUGAAGGUCGCCGAAACCGAGAGGAACGACAAGACCUACGAUUGCACGAAAUCGACAGACGACAGCUUCGCGUCGGCUUAUCAGUGCCGCUGGAUCGACUGCGGCUGUGCGUUCACGGAGCAAGAGGGUCUGGUGCGGCACAUCGAGAGGCGGCACGUGGAGUCGUCCUCGGCGAACGCGCACGGCCACGGCAGGCGGGUCCAACGGGACCGGGACAAGGAGCGCGAUGGCAAGGAGACAGGUGACGGCUUCCUCGCUGCAGUGACGACGGCGACCGGCCGCGAGGACGAGUUCGCCUGCCUGUGGCAGGGAUGCCCGCGUGCACGGCCUUUCAACGCGAGAUACAAGUUGCUGAUUCAUAUGCGAGUUCACACGCAAGAAAAGCCGAACAAAUGUCCGUUCGUUGGUUGUAAGAAAGCCUUCAGUCGUUUGGAAAAUUUAAAGAUACACCAGAGAUCACAUACAGGCGAAAGGCCUUACGCGUGUCAACACAGUGGAUGCUCAAAGGCAUUUAGCAACAGCAGCGAUCGAGCCAAGCAUCAAAGGACACACUAUGAUAGAAAACCAUACGCUUGCCAGGUAAGCGGCUGCGGCAAACGUUACACAGAUCCAUCGAGUCUUAGGAAGCACCUAAAGAAUCAUACGGAGAAUUCGAGUACGUUGUCCAGUCUCUUAUCGUCGGAUAAGGUAUCAACGACUAACGUGACAACAGGUGCAAUAGGACACAAAUUAAAUUCGACGAUUCCUCACCGAGAAGGCCAAGACGCGUGCAUCUUCGACGUGGAAACGAAGCAUUCGUCGAACAAAUUAUCUAAAACUUAUGUCAAAGAGGAGAACACGUUGUUGAAUAAUACGUGUCAGCUAAAUAGAAUCUCCCUAAAUUUCGACGGCAAUCAGCAGGAAUACGUGCCGAUCGAAUCGGUCCGUCAUCUUCUGAUCAACGAUAUCACAAACGCGCAGAAUACAGGAUACUGCGUGCCUACGGAGGACGACGUGCCAGAUUUCCACGAGCUCGGCGUCGACAUCGAGCGACAGUUCCACGAGCUGAGUGCCCUGAACGACGCUAUCUUCAUCGACGGAUGAACCUCCUCGUCAAGGAGAGAGCCCGCUUUCCCUGACAAAGGUGAAACAGGCUGCGACGCGUCGGUGAAUAAGCGAGAGAAUAAUAAGCGUUCAACAUAAUUUAACGCGCAUCUCUAUUCAAAUGAGAUUCGCGUUUCUGAAUAGCACAAUUACCUUAAUUCGUAGCUACGUAAUUGAUCGCUAAUCCCGGGGAUACUCCGGUUUUUUUCGAAAGAAUUACGUUGCUCGUUUCAUGACUUACGUGUUUUUUUCAUAAACUGAAAAAACAUUUCUCGAAAAAUUAAAAUAUUUAAUCCGAUAUAUUCAACUAAAUAUCAAGUUGAUUUCAUUUUCUUAUAAACGCUACAAUAUUAUUUAAUAUUAAUAAAAAGUGAUUAAUACAAUGUUCCCACAUAAUAUUAAAACAAUAUUCGAAAUAUUAAAUAACAUUCGCGGAAUAUUAUUUUAAUUUUUAAUAAUUCGUAUAACAUUCUAGGAAUAUUGUAGCACUUAUAGAGUUAUAAUUGUUGAUUAAAAAAUUGUAAUGGUCAAAUGAAUGAACUAUACGUUUUUUUGUGCAACUAAAUAACUGUUGAAUAAACCCAACGUUUAGUUGACCAUAUAGGACUAAAUAUUUUUCAAUAUAAAUUUUUUUUCUGAGUGUAAGGAAAGAAGAAGCACGGAUAAUUCACCGACGCGUACAUCCUGCUAUAUCGCGAUCUCACUGUUUCGUUUCUCUCUUUUUACUCCACUACUUUUAUACUCAUUAGUCUGUUGUACUUGACAAAUCGUAUAUAUUUUUGUACAUAGGUACUUAUGUAUAUUAUAGACAAAAUAUAUCAUUUAUUUCGA